AUGGCAGACAUCUUAUCUCGCGGUCAAUCGCCUAUCGAAUUUAUGCAAAAUAGGACGUGGUUCGAAGGGCAUCCAUGGAUACGGCAAUCGAGUGAUACGUGGCAAAAGUCUAGGUUAAAUAUGAGAAUAGAGUUGCCGGGAAUUCGUAAGAGUGCUUGCUUGCUUGCUGCAUUAGAUCCGGAACCGUUUUACAAAAAGCUUUCGUCUUUUUCAGUAGUAAUUACUACAGGAGCUUAUUGCAUGCGCUUAUUUAAACGCUUUAGGGUAGCUGAAAGGCCGAAAACUUCAACUGUUACUUCUGAGGAACGUCUCGAGGUUGAGCGGCGGUUACUACGAGCAAUACAGCUCGAGCGGUUUUCUGUAGAGAUUAAGCUAUUAAGAAACGAAAGAAAUUUAAGUUAUACUAAGAUUGCUGCUCUUUCUCCUUUUCUUGACGAGCACGGGCUCCUUAGAGUAGGAGGUCGAUUGGGUAAUUCGCAGAUUCCUUACACACAAAAACAUCCGAUUUUAUUGCCAUCGCGACAUUACGUUACCGAUCUCAUAAUACGUGAAACGCACGGUAAAUUACUGCACGCCGGUAUUCAAAAUACGCUGUAUCAACUUAGGCUUAAGUAUUGGAUCCUAGACGGCAAAAAUCAAGUCAGGAAAAUCAUAAGAAGUUGCGUUACAUGCAUUCGCCAUCGACCAAUACCAGUUCAAUGCAAAAUGGGAGAUUUGCCUAAAGCACGCGUGACGCAGGCAGAAAUUUUUGACCGUGUUGGCGUAGAUUUUUUGGGGCCAAUUUCAAUAAAAGAAAAGAAGGAAAGAAAUCGAGUCGUGCUUAAAGCUUACGGUUGCAUUUUUGUUUGUAUGGUGACAAAAGCCGUGCAUAUCGAGAUAGCUACUGAUCUCUCUACCGAUACUUUCUUAGCUUCCUUUCGAAGAUUUAUUAGUCGCAGAGGUCGACCUUCGCAUGUUUACUCCGAUAACGGUACAAAUUUCGUAGGCGCGAAUAACAAGCUAUGCGAGUUAUACGAAUCAUACAGGACGGAGCAGCAUCAGAAGCAAGUUUCUGGCUACGCGUUAUCUGAGGGCAUUAAGUGGCAUUUUAAUCCACCCCUGGCUCCUCAUUUUGGCGGAUUAUGGGAAGCGUCUGUAAAAUCUUUUAAACAUCAUUUUGAACGUGUAGCGGGAGGAAAGCUCCUUACUUUCGAACAAUUAGAUAAAUUGGCAAAAGAAAUAAAGGCUAUUUUAAAUUCUCGACCAAUUUGCACGAUUUCUAACGAUCCAAACGAUUCUAUUUCUUUGACACUGGCCCAUUUUAUAAUAGGACGACCGAUUACGAUGGCUCCUGAGCACGAUUACACUUCUGUUUCAGAGAACCGGUUAUCAGUAUGGAAUUUAGUCACAAAAGCUCGGCAAGAUUUCUGGAAAAGAUGGCAUAUCGAAUGCCUCGAUGAGCUUCAGAAACGACAAAAAUGGUUGAGGAGUGAAGGUUCGAUAAAAAUCGGUUCCAUCGUCAUAAUUAUUGACAAGAAACAGCCCUGUUGCGAGUGGCUGCUUGGGAGAGUCAUAGAGAUCAGUCCCGGAAGCGAUGGUGUCGUAGGUGUGGCAAAGGUCAAAACUUCUCAAGGAGUGUAUAUCCGGAGCGUUACCAAGUUGUGUCCUUUGCCCAAUCGAAGAGCCCGAUAA